GUCUCUACUGUGGCGGUGUGGGUCUCUGGCAUGAUGAUUUGGGACAGAAAAUGAAAAUCACAUUGCCAGGGAUUACUACACUGCUGCGGUGCUGGCUACUGCUGCUUCUGGAGGACGUACCUGUGGUUUCACACAAGGAGAGCUUUACGCUUUUUUAUCUGUAAGAGGAAGAGUUCUUCAAGCAGUGGGUAACAAUCGUUUCAGGCAAGACCCGCGGAUCAGUGUGUUUGUGUGUCUGCUGUUUCUGAUCAGGUGCAGAGCUUAGUCGACUGCUGGACAGGGAGUCUUAGCAAUUUGUUCACAGUGGCUAAGUUCUUCACCUGUGCAGAGGUGAUGUCCUGUAUGACACAAAGGCUUAUUACUCACUUCAAAUGAACAUCAUGUUGUAAUUUUUAAGGACUUUGAAAAGUCUUAGAAUUAAGGGAAUCUGAAGAAUUUGUGCUCAAACUGUAAAAAAGUAGGACCUUUAAGAUUUCUUAUUUAAGUAUAAGGUUGACGACAAAAUAUUUUUGGGAAAAGACUAAAACCAACAAUGAAUGUGUACUAGUAGCACAACAUUGUAUGUAGAAGUGUGUCAAAAAUGAACUACAGUGAGUGUGUGUGCAUGGAAAUGAAGGAGCACAUCACCCGGUGCAACAGUGGGGCUCCUUGAUAAGUUUUGGAAUAGACUUCAUGAGCUCUAUGGCACAGAGGUAGAAGAUGUGUUAGGGUAUCGAUACACAGAUUCAACGUUCUAUUACAUUUGUGUUAAUCCAUGCCUGUUUGUGUAACAUUAGCUGAAAACUACACCUCCAAAGUCACAAAAAAUGUAGGAACAAAUUCAGAAAUGGUUGGAUUUGGUCUUUUUUGGGGGGGGAUUUGUUAACAUAAAAAAAGUCUCUUUUUUUUGCUGAUUUUUUUUCAAAUGACUGCCUUUUUUUUCUUCUAAAUUUCGACUUUUAAAAAUGUCCCACUAUUUUCACUUUAUUCUAACUCCUUUUUCAUGAAGCCCUACAAAUCUUUUUUAAAAUAGUCACACUUUUUGUCUCCCAAUCUUAUUUCCUUUUGAUUUUCUUUUCAAACUUCAGAUGUUUUUCUCAAAAUUUGAAUUUCCGAGUAUUUCUUCAAAAUUAUCACUUUUUCCCUAAAAGAUCAAACUUUUUUCUCACAUUUCUGACUUUUAUAACAUAAUAUCAUCAUAUAAAUCAAAGUGUAUUGGAUAUAAGUGUCCAAUGUUAAGUUGCCUGUGACAAUGACAAUAAAGGAAAUGUGUUUUGCCUGAGGAUUGAAUUCCUGCCAUGUGUUGUUUAAUGUGCAGAAUUUGACACUUCUCAGAGGCUUUGCAUGGAGCCACCAGGGGCCACAUGUGGAUUACUCCCAGGAAACAUCUGGCCUCCCUCUGGUGCCUUCUGAGCUGAGCGCAGUUAGAUGUAACACACUGGCUCAGUUCAGCAGGAACAGGAGUCACGUCUACACUCAACGUUUUGUCAUGAAUGUCGAGCAAAAGAUCUGUGGUGAGAUUUAGGGAGGAAAAGUAAAAGGAGCAUGUGUUGUACUUCUAUGUUUAGUACUUUUUAAAGAGAAGUUUAUGUACAUUAUGUAAGAUGUUGAUCAUACAGCACAGUAUUAUAUAUUUCAGGUUAAUUUAUUAUAAGAUUCAGUCAGAGAUUUAUUAAAAUACAUUUAAUAAUAAAGAUACUACAUAUUUCCCCUCAAAUUGUUCUUUUUAUAUUGGAAAUAAAUGUGUUUAAACAAGGAAAGACUAUUCGAAAUAAUUUCUAAACAAACCCAACUGGCCUAAUAUUAUCCACUUGGUACAAUGAGUAAUAUGAAUUAUAUCUCUCAAGAGUAUAUCCUACAUUUAUAUUAUACAUAUCGUAGAUUUGCAGUCCAAAAUGUAAUUUCAACACCACUAAAUGCAUCAUUUAACAUGUGUUCAUCAACCUUGACAUCUGAGAUUUAUUUGAGAACAGACAGUACACAUAUAUCAUACCUUUAUAUAUCUCUACAUGGGGGGGUCGACAGGUUAUUUUUUUAUGAAUAACGAAAUCAAUUUAUGGAGGAAAAAUUGUAAAAAAGUAAUGUCGCAGUAAUGGUGUUGUACCACUCAUGUCCUCUAGAGGGCGCACGUAUUCCUAAAGUGCAACACACGAAGAAGAACAAAAUGCGGAAAAACAACAACAACAACCCUUCUAAAACUUGCUCAGUGCAGAAAACAAAGAUUUGAAUUACACAACACCGUGAAGUAACGCACACAUGUUCAGUCUGGAGGCUUUAGAGACUCAGGUAUGUGCUCUAAUGGACACCGUGGUGGAAAAGGCGGCGGUGGAGCUCGGCAGACUCCUAGCCGUCCAGCAGUGCUCUUCCCCGGCUACAGACACUCCCAUGAAGAAUGAGGAGGAAGAGACCGAGGUGACUCCACCGGGGGAGAGACACCUUUGUAACAAAGCUAUAACGAACCAGUUCGCAUCCCUAAUGGAAGCAUGGACCAGAGCUGCUGUAGAGAAAAUCCUGAAGCUGCUGAAAGUGUUUCUGUGUGAGGCUGCAGAGCAGAGGGCUGGGAGGAGGGAUGAGAACAAACCAAAGAAGAACAAGAAGCGGAAAGCAGGGCAAGUGGCCUCGACCAAAGAGCCUGAUGCAGCCACACAUGAGAGUAACUCUGGGACCCCGUCCGGACCUGGAGCCACCUCAGAGCCGGCCUGUGAGGUAACACAGCAAGAUGACGUCCAGGAAGAUACUGAUCCUUCAUCUACUAAACCCAACAAGAAGAGCACAGGGCCAUUCAAAUGUCUGUCCUGUGACAAACAAUUCGAUCUGAAGUGUCGGCUGGACAGACACCACCUGAUUCACUCCAGACCUCACCUCUGCUCUGAGUGCGGCAAAGGUUUCGUUGACAAAAAGUUGCUCAUUGCACACUCGAGAAGUCACACCGGAGACAAGCCUUACAAAUGCUCUGACUGCGGGACAGAGUUUGCUUACAAGAGCACCUUCAAAAGACACAUGCAUAAGCACAGCCUGAAGGAAACGAACAUCCACACGUGCUCGCUGUGUGAGAAGCAGUUCGAGGGGCUUGCGACAUUUCAGCGGCACAGAUGCUGCGCCUUGAAGAAGACGUUUGACUGCUCGCUUUGUCUGGAGACGUUCUUGUGCAGACAGAGUUUGGUGGAUCACGAGCAGCUGCAUGCAGGCGACAGAUAUGUGUGCGAGGUUUGUGGCGAGUGUUUCUUCUCCACCUCGUCUGUAGCCUCUCACCGGGUGACUCACGCGGAAAAGGAAAAGUGCUGCGACGAGCUCGGCCUUGGAAGCAGUGACCCGAGCGUCCUGAAGAUUCACCUGAGCAAACACACCGGGGAAAAGCUCUUCUCCUGCGAGGUGUGCGGUAAAGGCUGCAGCCACCGGAGCGCCCUGAAGCACCACAUGCUAACGCACACGGGGGAGAAACCGUACCUCUGCGAGACCUGCGGGAAACGCUGCAGCCACUCCAGCGCGCUCGAGAACCACAUGAGGAUCCACACGGGGAAGAAACCCGGAAAGCCAGUCUGUCACAUCUGCGGCAAAACAUUCCUCCGCACGGUCAGUCUGAAGUACCACAUGAGCAUUCACACGGGCGUGAAGCCUUACACCUGCGACCAGUGUGACAAAAAGUUCAGCAACCCUAGCAAUCUUAAGCUGCACGUGAAAAUACACUCCGAGGAGAAACCGUACGGCUGCAACAUCUGCGGCAGGAGGUUCACUCAACCCGGCGGCCUCAAGCUGCACAGACGGUUGCACACAGGAGAGGAGCGAUACUGCUGCUCAACCUGCGGGAAACGAUUCAUGCACAGCUGCGACUUCAAGAAACACGAGAGGGCUCACAUGUUAGAAGAGCCAGGAGAUGGACAGUCUGAAAAAGCUGCUGUGUGAAUAUGAAACAUUUCAUUGGUGUAUGUUAAAGGGGCCUUAUUCUGCUCCUUUCCCCUUAAUGUUCAAACAGUUCUUUAUGAGAAUCCCGGAAAUACAAUUAUCUGCUUUCUUGCAGAGAGUUAGAAGAGCAAUAGGUCUCUUGUUUCUCUACAGAAAAUAUGAUGCUACAGCCAGCAGCUACUUAGAUUAGCAUUAAGACUGGAAACAGGAACACCUCUAUCUUGGCUCUGUCCAAAAGGAACACCUUUUUACAGAUUAUACAGACAAUAUGCAACUUGUUCAUGCCUAGCAAACAUUUUUAAAUCCAGAAAGACUUGGGGCUAGUUUUUCUGCUAAGCUAGGAUCAUGUCUCCUAGCUCCACACUCCUUUUUAACAGACAGAAUUCAAGAAGGUGUAUUAUCUCUUGGGUAGACCCAAACGCAGGUGACAGAUCCAACAACAGGAAACUUGAAUAGAAUAACUUGUUAUGCAUGUUCUGUGCUGGCAGGGCCAAACAGAACCAAACCAUUAACUGACCUUAAAACCCAGAAGAGUUGAAGUGCAGGUGGAGAAGCUCAGGUGAUGUGAUGAGGCGAUUAGUCAGGAGGGCAUGGAAGGAGCUGAUUGGCUGAGAGAAAACUAGGAGGAGGGAAGGGCUAACGAAGCUGACUCAGAGCAGGUGUGUGAAUGCAAAAGGAGGGAAAACCCAGGGAAAAAAAUACAUCCCAAAAAGGCAAAGCUUGGACCUUCAUCAUGUGACAAAGAAAAACAUGAUUUAAUACAAAUAUUUCUGAUUAAACAUCUGAAUGUGUUCUCCUCUUUAUCAUAAGUGUGCCAUUAUUAUUAAGCGUAUUAUUGUUUGUAUUGUUUUUUUAAUAAAAUGUGUUUUCCUGAG